AUGACGAUCUUCCACACAUUGCCGGACGAGGUCUUGGACCAGAUCCUUGGCUAUUGCAAACGACCGUGUCAAAUUGCACUCGCCGCCGCCGCCGCCUUUCCCGUCGCGUCCCAGUACCUCUUGCAUGCCCAGCGCGACGACCAUUUGCGCGCGCUGCGCGACCGUCCGUCCCCAGCCAAGGCCAUCGAGCAAGCGCACUACUGCUGGCUUCCGUCCUCGAUAUCCAAAACAAAAGACGCAAUCGCGUUUCAAGAGGCUUGCUGGAGCGACGACGCAGACGCGAUGCUGGUGUCGUGGGGCCACACGCGGAUCAUGGCGCUGCCCAAGGCCCUUCGCCACAAGUGCAUUUGGGCGCGCCUCGAUGACAUUGAGAACCGCUGUGCACGGGAAUCCUUUCUGCUUGCUGCAUUGGACCAUGGCUGGGUCCAGCCACAUGGUGCCUACUGGACUAUCGUCUCAGCGCCCUCGACCGACGCAUGCAACGCGACCCGCGACCGCGUGCAGCAGCAGCUGCCGCUUCUUCUCGCUGCACAGAACGGCUACUGGCGCGUCGUCCACCGCCUUCUCAAUACCUUUAGUGGUCCGGACGCAACCAAGCGCGUGGUCUUAGGCGUCCUGGCCGCAGCGUUCUAUCAUGGCGAGCGCGACGCAUCCCGCGACGCCUGGUGA